GUCACAUGUUUUUCCAAGCUCGCACUUCAAUUCAAAACCCCAUCUUUCCGUCCAAGACCGUCUUGUUUGCUUCAAGUUGACCCUACUACUGACACAUACGCGUUCCUAGUAAUAGGAGCAUGGACCCCGCCGAUCUUCAUUCUCGGCAUUUCCGGCAAGCCGUCGCCGCGCUUUUCGACGGCUACUACCGCCUCCGAGGCGGCAAUCUCGCGUCGUACCCUUCGUUGCAACUCCUCCGACUAGCCGCAGCGGCGGCGGCGGCGGGUAACCUCGACGCUGAGGCGCUAAGGCGCCUCGAUUCGCAAUUUCGUACGGAGUCACUUCUGCCGGCAGGCUUUCCUGGUUUUCCACGCCUUGAAAUUGCCGGUGAUGCCGGUACUAGCGGUAAAGGUAUCUCCGGAAGCUGUCAACAAACGGCGGCAUUUUGGACGGGAGGAGCUGACGUAAACGGACUUCCGUUAGGAUCCGGCGCACCGCCGCGGCGGCGCCAUCACGAGGGCCGACUUGGCCGGAGGAAGGACGACCCGUAGCGGAAUGGGAGCCGGUCGAUGAAGAUCUUGAUAUCUGCGAGGAUCUGGACCGAGCGUGGGGCGAUGCGGAGCGCCUGGUGACUGGGGAACUCUUUCCUGGAAGUUAUGAAGAUUUGAUUGACGUCAGAUUGGAUUUGAAUCGGGAGAAUCCGACUUGAGCCAGAAACGGCAGGAGCACCGCCGGCGUGUUGUCUGCAGCAGCAAUGAAGGGCAGGAGGGAUGUCUCCGUGACACAGCUUGUAGCGAACUGCGGAUUGCCAGUAACGAGGAUUCUACAUGAUCUGCUCCAAGGCCUUAUAAAGAAGACUGCACCCUACCACUCCACUGCUACUGCUGCUCCCCCUGCUCCUGUGCCCACAGCUGACUCAGCAUCGGAUGGUAUUGCUGAAAUGGCAGCUUUCAAUGCUGACGUGGACGCUGCUGCUGCUGCCAUGUCAGCCGAUGAGCUGGAGCAGAUGGACAUGCGAAUAAUCAUGGAAGUGGAUGACUGGUGGGUGAGAGAAAAAUGCAGCGGAUGACUGAAGCGAUACAAUGGAAAAAAUGCAAGGGAUUGCUGGGUGAGAGAAAAUGCAAUGGAAAAGGUGACACAUUCCAGAUUCUUACAUGGUACGGUAGUAGUGUCAACUUAAAUAUAUUAUAAACCGUAAUCCCCCGUAUAUAACACCCGUCGAAAUAGUCACUCCGCGGGUGGUUUAUGCGGGGGAGCUUAUGAUAGGGUGAAUUUAGGAGAGCACCCGCUUUCGGGGUUGCAUUUGUCAAACAUGUGUAUUUGUCAUGUUUGUAUAGACUGUAUAGGGUCGCCUCUUAGAGAGUACAACACUUCGGUAUAUCUUUGUGUACUCUCACU